AUGUCAAAUUGUACAUUCUUAUCUUUAGCACCGCUAGCUGUUACAGAAGCUGCACUUCCACCACCGCUUCCAAGUUCCACCAGCUUGCCGAAGUUCCUUUCUAGUGUUUGUUUGAUUUCAGCACCCAUCAAAGAGUCCAUACCAAGGUCUGCUAACGAGGCGCUGCCUGCUACUGUCGAGGCAUCCUUGAUACCUGGAAAAGAAUAUAGCAAUAUUGUUAUAGGUCGCUUCCAAAAAGACAUACAGAUUCGCCUAUCAACCAGGGAUCAACUUUGAGGUUCCUACAUAUCGCGAACUACUCGAGCAUAAAAACGGUGGAUUUAUGGACAAUGGACUUUUCAGACUCGGUAGUGUUUAGCAAAAAUAUGUACAGUUUUGAC